CGACUGACGACCGUCCGUCCGUCCGUCAGCGUCAUCCUCACAUUUCCUCAUUUCCCACCCUUUCCUCCAAGAUCCAAUUCCCACAUCUACCUUACCGCCCCUCCAUCAUCCAUGUCCUCAUGACCCUCUAUGAACACUUCAGAUGUCUAUCGAGAUGCGGAAUACCUCGCUGACGUGUCCGGCUUAUCGUCCGGCCUCGUCGCCGGAACUCCGUCCAGCACCAACGGCAGUAACGACGAGCGCAUGAGAAAGAUCCAAUCCACCGCCAAGAUAGCCCUGAUCGAUCGAUUACUCCGUGAUCUUGACAUUCUCAUAUACUGCGAGCUCUCUGCGCUCUAUUAUAUGGAUUGCUCCAUCAUCCUCCUCGCCCUCCGCGCCAUCGUGCAAUUAAUCUUCUUCACCCCGAAAGCACCUCCCUUCGACCCGACCCGCAGCCAGCCAUACGUCGGCGCCAUAUUCCUCAGUAAUCUGUUCUGUAUGUUGUGCCAUACGCUCUUCGCGCCGCCGGGGGCCGGCGAGGAGACCCGUGGUUACGUGCACGGGGGCUUGUUGAUCGAUUUUGUCGGCCAGAAGGCGCCGGUGCCGCGGCUGCGACUGCUGUUUUUCGAUGUGUUAGUGCUGGCGUUGGAUUUGUUAAUGCUGGCGUUGGUGGUUGAGAGGGUUAAGACUGUGGAGGCACAGCAGCAGCAGCAGCCGUCACAGGCCGGCACCGCAGCGACGGCUACCGCAGGGGGAGCGGGGAGUAGUUUCGGGAUAGCGGGGGUGCUUAUGGGGUUGGCGUCUCCGUUGGGACAGGGCCAGGACCAUGAUUUGGAGGAGCGGGGGGUGCUUCGGGGCACCGAUGGAUCUCCGUCCACAGAGGAGCCACGAGCACGGGAGGAGCAGGCGGGACAUGUGCCGAUGCGCCCUGCUGAGGAGUUCGAUGACAACCGUUAUCAAAUUGACGAACGGACCGAGUUGCUGGCCGACCCGGCCGAGAGCGGAUUGACACGAGCCACUACCGCGGCGAGGGAUAGCCACCCCUUGGACGUGUUUGCCUCGGGCCAGGCGGUGAUCAUGGACGUGGGACUGGUGGAUUUGAUACGCGAGCAGUGGCAGUAUAGUCCUGCGACGGCACGGAGGACCGCGCCGUAUGUGCCUUCGGACCAGACGGCGGCGUUCUUGCGCGAGCGGUUCGGGAUCCGAGUGGGUGCCAACGGGCGAAUGGAACGGAUUCCGCAGGAGUCGUAAUGCUCCAGCUGCUGAUGUUGAGGUCGAUGCUGAUGUCGCCGUGCUUAGACGCGAAGUAAUGACUUUGGUUUAAUGAUUGUGCUUUGCUUGGGUGAUGUAGAAGCUCACUAUUGUGUAUAAAAUAUGAGAUGAUAUAUGUCAUGUAUCGGAGAGUAUGUC